GGGGCAGCCACCCGCACCACUUGUCGUGCCGGUGGCCCGUGGGCUGUGCCGGGCCUUCCGACAUGGUGGACUACUACGAGGUGCUGGGCGUGCCCCGCCAGGCGUCGUCAGAGGCCAUCAAGAAGGCAUACCGCAAGCUGGCGCUCAAGUGGCACCCCGACAAAAACCCUGAGAACAAGGAGGAGGCGGAGAGGCGGUUCAAGCAAGUGGCCCAGGCCUACGAGGUCUUGUCAGACACCAAGAAGAGGGACGUGUACGACCGGUAUGGCCAGGCUGGAGUAGAGGGCGGCGGUGGCGGCGGCGGGGGCAGCAGGCCCUGCCGCGACCCCUUCGAGUAUGUCUUCACCUUCCGCGACCCGGCCGAGGUCUUCAGGGAGUUUUUUGGGGGCCACGACCCAUUUUCGUUCGACUUCUUCGGAGACCCACUAGAGAACAUCGUGGGCGGUCGGAGGAGCUCCCGGGGAAGCAGAAGCAGAGGAACCGCUCCCUUCUUCUCCGCCUUCAGUGAAUUUCCAGCCUUUGGGGGUGGUUUUUCUUCUUUUGAUACGGGAUUUAGUUCCUUUGGUUCCCUGGGGAACGGAGGCCUUUCUUCCUUCUCCAUGUGUUGUGGUAGUGGUGGGACUGGCAACUUCAAAUCCAUGUCGACUUCCACCGAAAUCGUUAAUGGCAAAAAAAUCACCACCAAGAGAAUCAUUGAGAAUGGCCAAGAAAGGGUGGAGGUGGAAGAAGACGGAGAGUUAAAGUCCCUGAUAAUAAAUGGCAAAGAGCAGCUGCUGCGCAUUGACACCAAGUAAUUCCAGUCCACGUUCAAUUUAGAGCACAUGGACAUCUCUUGCAAUGGUCAGGGAAGAAAAAUCUUGAAGCAGCUGUCAAAUAUGGAAAUAUCUCAAAGAAUCCUGCACUGGAGAUGCGAGGACAGCCUAAGGGUUUGUUGAGCAUUUUAUAUUUACUCCGCAGAAUGCGAGUUGCUGUUACCUAAAGCAUAAAUGGGCAAGACAACAAC